GCUAGCCAGUUGAUUUGUUGUGUCCCUAGUUUCAUAUAUGGAGACUCUUGCUUCACCAUCCUAUGUUGUGAUAGCAUAUGAUGCAACUAAGGAACGUGGUCAAGAUGAGCUUAAGCUCACUGUGGAUAGAAUUAGACUGAGAGGUGACAUUCUUCGUGGAGGUGAUACCCUUCUUGUGCUUGGCGUUUUGCAUAGGGUCACUCACCCCUUGGGUUACCAGGCCAAGGCAUGUGCUGAUAAUUUUGCAACGAGUGUUCGUGCUAUGGAGGAAGAAGUUACAACGAAAGCGGAUGCAUAUGCAACUAUGCUUCUUCAAAGUGCUGAGACGUGUAAUGAUGAUGGGGUCUGCAUUGAAGUUAAAGUUACUGCUGCAGCACCCCUUAGGAAGGUUAUUGUGCAAGAGGUUUUAGCGUGUAAAGCAACUUGGGUUAUACUUGAUAGGCAUCUGAGAAGGGAUCAAAGGUUCUAUCUGAAACAAAUACCUUCAAAGCUUGCAUUAAUUCAAGAUAGCUUGGCUGUGCAAAUCUUGAGAUCUCAUACAACAAAUGAAACUGAUGCACUUAUAGAGCACAAGUUGGUUUACUCCAUGUCAGAAUCAGUUCCCCAACAGAAUACUCAACCUGCAGAAAAUCCUGAUCAGCAGUCUAUCUCCAGUAUUAAAAGCUAUCCUCAAAUCCACGGCUCCUCGGAUAGCGAUUUGAUUUCUUCAUCCAUUUAUGGUUCACGGGAGCAUUGCUUUCCAUGGACUCACUCUAAGCAAGAAAAAUCAGGUCAGCAACUUUCUUCACCUUCUCAGAGUACAAAAAUUCCACAGCAUAAGAAUCUCUUCCGGAAGAGAUCCUCAGGAGCUCCUGUUCUUUGUGCUGCAGGUGGGCUGAGGACUGAGUUGUAUAUCAAGGAUUCUAUUAAAUACAGUUCUCUCGAAAUUCAGCAAGCAACAAAUGAUAUAUCAGAGGAAUAUGAUUUAAUUGGAAAGGGUGGAUUUGAUAUAUCGAAACCCACAAGACUAAUCCUCUGAUGUUCCUGUUGCCUCUAAGAGACGUAUGAACAAAAAUAAGUAUUGACAAAACUGAAAGUGCUCUCAAUGAGUAAGACGUCAAACAACAAUCUAAUCUCAUAUUUUAUUCAAUAAAAAUACUUGCUACAUUUAUAGAAUUUUAAGUAAACAAAACAACAACUACUUCCGAUAAAACAGGAGAAAGAAUUGGUCAAAUUAACAACUACAACUUAACUAGUCAUACUUGCUAAAGACCAGCCCACACGCCACUUCUUUGCUGAAGACCAGGUAAAUAACAGUCCUGGUUUGUUAUUCCAACAUUCUCUCCUUCAAACUAGGACUGGUUAAUCUCUCCUUCAAACUGAAUUUCCUUCAU